UCAUUUAAAAAGACUGUGGUGUAAAAUAUCAAUGUCAGAAACCGUGAAUUUAAGACCCUGCGAAUCAUAAAUUGUUUCUGGGAAUGCCAAUGCAAACUAAUUAAGUGUCCAGGAAAUCAAAAUGCACUCUAUUGUCCUGUGUCCAAAAUUAGGGCUGUCACGUGUACAGAAUAUUGACCCCAUGUUACUGGGUACUCAAACUAUUUGACCAAUCAGGAAUCAGCAUGAAUGCAAAAAACACUGCAGUGGAGAGUGGUAUCAGGGUAUUGGGUAGAGAUACUAAAAUCCACAAUCUGUGACCUCUGCUUGGUUGAUGAUACUAAAGUAUUUGGUAAAGCUAUAAAGUACACAUCUGACAUGAAUGAAAUACACUGUAGGUGAAAUGCAGUCAAAAUUAUGUUGUAUGUGAACAUGCUAUGUCAUCCCUAGUGAGUGAAAACAUAAAACAUACAUAAAUGUUGAAAUAUUUUAUUCUUUGAAUUUGUUGACACACGCAGUGAUAGACAUUUACCUAUUUUGACGGGUACCCAGGUACACAUUUUCAAAUCCGGUUUCCUAUCUAAAAUUAACCCGUAUUCAGGAACUCAGGUACACGUAACAGCUCUAAUCAAAAUAUUUAUAUGUCAAAUGGCAUCAGCAUAGUGAAUUAUUUUGACAGGUUCCGUGAAAGACAAAAAAGUGAGGGCAUUGUUUUAAGGAAAGCGUCCAAAGUUCUCACGAGAAAAGAAAGAGAGUUACAAAGGGAAUACUGGCGUAAGAAACAACAGGAGUCAAGAAAAAAGAGGCACCCACAGAAAAUAAGAAGAAAAAAGGAAAAAGAUAGAGUGAGAUUGAGGGAAUUACGGUUGAAAGUAAAAAUCCAAAAACUGAAAAAGAAGUCUCCACGAAAAAAACUACAGCUAAGAGAAACACUUAUUGAAACUUUGAAAAGUAAUCAUGUAGCAAGGCGAAUGGCUGCAAAGAAGCUAUCAAUUUUGAAAAAAUUUAGAAUGCACAAAACAGCAAGUUCCUAUCUAGGUAUCAGCCAAUCAUAUCUAAGCAAAUUGGCUAACCAAGAUGACCACCCAAAGCGAAAGCCCAGGAACGACAAAAUUCUGAAUGAAACAAAAGAAAAGAUUACUAAUUUUUUCCGGCGUGGAGAUGUAUCUACAAAUCUGCCAAUAUCUAAAAGGAUAAAGUUGGAUCAAACAGAGAGAAGAGUGCUGGAUAGACCGCUAAGACAGACAUUUUCUGAGUUUAAAGAAGCUAACCCGGAGGAAAUCGUCAGUUUUUCAACAUUUUCAAAAAACAAACCAGCUGAUGUGGAAACAACAAAAAAACAAAAAUGGAAUGCAUGUCUUUGCGAAUCAUGCACCAAUGCCGAGUUAAAAUUACGGUCACUGUCACAGUUGGCGAUCAAGUGCAAAAGUAAUGUGAAACUGAACAACAAAAGUGAGGCACUUGAAAAAACUAUGUGCGCGAGAGAACUAGGCCAAAAAUGGCACAAGGAACAGUGUAUUAAGAGGCAAUGUGAAAGCUGUGGAACCGACGGCAUUGUAGCAUUCUACACCCCACUCAUUGCCAGAGCUUCUGACAGAACAAUAACCUAUACAAAAUGGGAAAGGGUUACGAUAGUCAGAAAAGGAAAGGAAACUACACAAGUCAUGCCCAAGUCACACGAGAAAGGGGCCAAUUUGGUUGUGCUCGAGCUCGCCAAUGAGUUGGAAAAGUUAGCGGAACACAUCUUUGUGGCAAAUUGGCAGCAAGUUCAAUUCUCGGGACUGGUGAAGACGGUACCUCCUAACUGGGUCGUCUUGAACAUGGACUUUUCCGAAAACUAUUCAUGUUCAAACCAGAAUGAAGUACAAAGUGCCCACUGGGGACACAAUAGUGUUACAAUCCAUCCAACAGUCGCCUAUUACCAGUGCCCGGGAGAGGAAUGUGUUGAUGUUGUUCAGGAGGCUAUGGUGUUUGUAUCGGAUGAUUUGCAGCACGAUGCUCACGCUGUUGCUAAAUUUACUUCUCUUGCCAAUGAACACCUGCAAAAUGUGAGAGGUCUGACAAUUGAGAGAGAAAUACAACUGACUGAUGGUUGCUCGGCCCAAUACAAGAGUAAGACGCCCUUUACCGACAUUUCUUUUGCCAAUCAUGACCACGGAUUUCCGGUUGAACGUCACUUCUACGGUUCCCGCCAUGGUAAAGGGCCAUCGGACGGCGCAGGGGCAGUCGUCAAAUCAUCAGCAAAACGGUCGGUGAUGGGAAUGAAUAGCGUAAUCAAUAAUGCAGAAGAUUUAUUCAAUUUUGGGAAAGAAAAGUUGGAGAAAACUGAAAAAAAAAAUGACCACCUUCACCACAAGAGGACAUUCUUUCUGGUUAACAACAUCAGUCGAGACCGACCUGGAAGAAGUAAAACAAAAACUUUAUCAGGAACCCGAAAAGUCCAAAGCAUAAAAUCUGGGGCAAGACCUUUCACACUUUUCACAAGGAAUUUGUCCUGUUUUUGUUGUUCGUGUAUAAGCCAUCAUGACGAUGCGGAUGGAUUGGAGUGUGAAAAUAAGUUACAUGUCCAGGAUUGGGAGAGAAAGGAUUUGGUCAGAGAACAGAUUGGAGAAAGAGGACAGGUCAGAGGUAGAGGAAGGGCAAGAGGUAGAGGACAGGUUGCAGAAAGAGAACAGGUCAGAGAUAGAGGACAGGCCAGAGGUAGAGGACAGGUUAGAGGUAGAGGACAGGCCAGAGGGAGAGGAAGGGCCAGAGGUAGAGGACAGGUUGCAGAAAGAGGACAAGAAAGAAAAAGAGGACAGGCCAGAGGUAGAGGAGCUACAGAACGGGGAGUAGUAAGGACUAGAGGUGGCAGGAUAUCAAUUGCUCGAGGAGGAAGAGGAGUGAGAACUCGGGGUGGACAAGAUUCAUCUGAUGAAGAUUCUGAAAUCUCCAACCAAAGUACAAGUAGCAUGCUGGAUGACUCUGACCAAGACCCUGACUCUGAUUCUGACCAAGACCUUUAUGACCAUAUGGAAGAACCGGGGGGUUGCGUGGUACCGGUAGCACAUCCUGAUGUGGUGAAUGACAGUUCCUCCGACAUUAGUGAGGAAGGUUUUACAUAUAACCUGAUGGAGUUAUCUGGGUUAAGCGAUAUCCUGCGGGACCUUGACAAGGUAUGCACACAGGAUAUUUUCUUAUCUUCACAUUUAUGCGAAAAAGGUUUUAAUAAUCUUAUCUGGUAAUAUGUAUAUAUAUAGUAGUAGUAGAUGGUAUUUGUUUUUUCAUGAAUAGUGUUAAUGAUACACAAUAGAAAU